GUAAGCACAAGCUUCGUGCCUUCCCUGACCAACAAUGAUCAGCUCACAACUAGCGCAAAGGAGAAGAAAGAAGAGGCAAACACCCCCAGCACUGAAGUCGUGAAGAACGAUGUGCCCCCUGACCUGCAGCCAAUGAACCGCCGUUCUGAGGAGAAGCUGCAGACUGUGGAUGUGUAA